CCUUCCAUGGCUUCCCUCGAUCCAUUCGAAAACCCUAUCUCGAGCCCUCGCUCUUCCUCCUCAAAUCCUAAUCCUACGUUGCUUUACCCUUUUCCUUCGUUAACUCGAUCGAUCCACUCGUCGGAGCUCCCUCCAAUGGCGGAUCACGAAAUGGAGGUGGAGGCCGCUCAAGUGGUUGCAGAAGCAACAGACGACGAAGCAGAGGCACUGGAGGCAACGGAAGCACCGAAGGACGACGAAUCCCCUUUCUCUGCCGAUGAGACCACGAUCGCGACAGCCGCCUCCGGAGACCACAAACGGAAGCUCGUGGAUCUCGAGCCCCGCGACGGGGACGAAGAGGCACCCCUCAAGAAGCAGGAGGUGUCUACCGAGGCCCCGGUACCGGUCGUUGACGAGCCCGGAUCGGGGGAUGGGGAGGUCGCCGCGUCUGAGGAGGUGAAAUCGGAAAAUGCUGAAAGCUCUGAGCCAAGGAUUAAGGAUACUGAGGCCGUUGAUGUGAAGACCGAUGCUCAGAAGCCGCACCCUGAUGGAGAAAUUAAUGGUUCUGUGGCCAUUGAUGCUGGCAAAGAGUUACAGGAAUCAGAAACUCAAGCAGUGGGAAAUGGUAAGGUUCCUUCUGGUCAAGAUUCCCAGACCAUAGUGCCUCCAGCAGAUUUGGGCACAACAUCCCGUAAAAUUGAAGUUCCUAACAAUAAGGUCGGUGUUCUUAUUGGUAAAGCUGGGGAGACAAUAAGGUACCUGCAAUUCAACUCAGGGGCAAAAAUUCAGAUAACAAGAGAUGCUGAAGCUGAUCCACAUGCCACUAUUAGACCAGUGGAACUAAUAGGAACCCUGGAGAGCAUUAACAAGGCAGAGAAACUGAUAAAGGAUGUAAUUGCUGAGGCUGAUGCAGGAGGUUCCCCAUCACUUGUUGCUCGGGGCUUUGGUACUAUACAAUCUGGUGGAGAACAAUUUGAGAUUAAAGUACCAAAUGAAAAGGUUGGUCUAAUCAUAGGCAAGGGUGGUGAGACUAUAAAAAACCUACAGACCAGAUCCAGUGCUCGCAUACAGUUGAUACCGCAACAUCUUCCUGAGGGUGAUGCGUCAAAGGAAAGAACUGUACGAAUAACUGGAGACAAAAGGCAAAUUGAAUCUGCCAAAGAAAUGAUCAAGGAUGUAAUGAAUCAGACACCUAGACCAUCACCUCUCUCGGGUUACAGCCAACAAAACUAUCGUCCUCGUGGGUCUACUGGCAUGCCCCAUUGGGGAGCCCGAGCAACAGCUCCCACACAACCAGCCAUGGGCUAUGAGCACCAGCAAAGAGGUACGUAUCCACCAACUCAGACAACACAGUAUCCUCAGCCUUAUGGUGGCUACUCUCAGCAGCCCGCUCCACGCGGCGGCUUUAGCAAUACAGGUUGGGAUCAGAGGUCUGUUCAUAACACUUCAACUGGUGGAUAUGAUUAUUACGGUCAAGGUGGCCCGAGUGCUGGAAGCCAAGCGGCAAUGCAUAAUCCCAUGUCUGGCCCAUCUCAAGCACCUGUGAGUUAUGGACAGUCACAAGGUCCAAACUAUGGGCAUCCAACUCCUUAUGGACAACCUGCUCCCACUCAACAAAACUAUGGUCAGGGAUAUCACGAGCCCAGGUAUGAUAGCCAAGCACCAAGCCAGCAGUUCUAUGGUCAGCAGACAAUGAGUUCACAGCCAGGUGUCUAUGGCCAAGGAACUGCUCCCCAAUCUGGUUUCGGUCAGCAACAAUCAUACAUCAAACCCACUUAUGGUGUGCCUCCUCAGGAGGUGCCUCCAUCCUAUGGUGCACCCCCUCCUCAGGAUGCGCCACCAUCUUAUGGUGUGGCCCCAAGAGCAAGUCAAUCAGGGGACUCAACUUAUCAGGGCCAAGCACCAUCAUCCUAUGGACCUGGCACUCUGACUCAGCAAUAUCCAUAUGGUUCCAACCCACCUUCUCAACCAGCACCAUCCUACAACCAGACUUAUGGGCCAGCAUCUGGUGCUAUGGAUGGGUACGCCCAACCGCCAUCGGCAGCUUACACCCAGCAUGGUGGGCAAGCAGCUGCACCUGGCUAUGGCCAAGGUGGACAGCCAGUGGCUGCGUACACUCAGUCAACUUCACAGCCUGCCGGUUAUGGGCAGUACGCAUCAGCUCAGCAGGGUUAUGGUGAUCCUGCCUCAGGUAAUGUGAAUUAUGGAUACCAUGGUGGUUCUGCUGAUGCAGCAUACGGGAAUGCCAUUCCAGGUGCAGGUUACGGUGCUCCAGCCCAGCAGCCAUCAAACCCAUCUGGCUAUUAUGAUCAAUCUGUUGCACCUCAAUCUGGAUAUGGUAGUCAGCCUGGCUAUACCAAAAGUGUCUCACCUCAACCUGGAUACGGUGGCCAGUAUGAUUCUGCUCCCAUGUAUGCUCAUCACUGAUGCAAACUAUAGGAGGGAUUGUUGCUAUUAGCUCUAGUAUCACUGCGUAUAUGACCUUUCAGCUGUCAGAUUUCUAUCAUGGGCCCGAGACCCUAUGAUAUGUUGUUGUCUCUUUACCUUUUCAAUGGUUUAGUUUGACUGGUUUCUAUGUAAACACAUGAAUAUUUAUGCGCGCAUGAUCUCAGGUUAACGUGGAGUUCAGGUGGCCAUCGGUUCUUGUGUUC